UUAUUCAAGGGAAGGUGGUAGAGAUUAUCUGACACUCCAGGAGCCAAAAAACAAACCCGACCUUUCCCUUUCGCCAAAGGAUCAUCGAAAAACCCAAAUCAAGACCAGUUUGAACAGUCCUUGGUGUGCUAGCUUCUUUAUAUUAGACCCUUCUAAGAACUGUUCUGUUUUUCAAAUCUACCCUUUUUCCAAUCACAUCUUCUGCUCUGAUAGCCACUACAGCCUCUUUGUUCUCGAUCUCAGGAUGUUUCAUUUGACUUUGUCUCAGCAGGCGGCUGUAACCGUUCCUAUUGGCAGCGAUUUGUCUCUCAGAAGAUCUGCGUUCAAGGCCCCUAACUUAAACUUUCGGGAAAAGUCAUGGGCACCAGUAUUAACUUUGGAUUUGAAGGCUAACAGUUCUUUAAGAAGUAGGAAUGUGGUAUGCAUGUCAGUGCAACAAGCAAGCGUACCCAAAGUUUCUGUCUCACCUUUAGAACUGGAAGAUGCUAAAGAACCUCCAUUGAACUUGCACAAGCCUAAAGAGCCCUAUACAGCAACUAUUGUGUCUGUUGAGAGGCUUGUGGGACCCAAAGCUCCUGGGGAAACUUGUCAUAUUGUGAUUGAUCAUGGUGGAAAUGUUCCCUACUGGGAAGGACAGAGUUAUGGUGUUAUUCCUCCAGGUGAAAAUCCAAAGAAACCUGGGGCUCCCCAUAAUGUACGACUGUAUUCAAUUGCUUCCACGAGGUAUGGAGACUUUUUUGAUGGUAAAACAGCCAGCUUGUGUGUGCGCCGUGCUGUUUACUAUGAUCCUGAGACAGGAAAGGAAGAUCCAUCCAAGAAUGGCGUUUGUAGCAAUUUUUUGUGUGACUCAAAGCCUGGAGACAAAAUUAAGAUCACAGGCCCUUCAGGGAAGAUAAUGCUUUUGCCUGAGGAUGACCCUAAUGCUACCCAUAUAAUGAUUGCCACUGGCACUGGUGUUGCUCCAUUCAGAGGCUAUCUACGUCGAAUGUUCAUGGAAUCUGUCCCUACAUACAAGUUCGGUGGACUGGCAUGGCUUUUCCUUGGCGUUGCCAACUCUGACAGUCUUCUCUACGAUGAGGAAUUCAGUAAAUACCUCACGGAUUAUCCAGAUAAUUUCCGGUAUGAUCGAGCCCUUAGCAGAGAACAAAAGAACAAGAACGGGGGGAAAAUGUAUGUUCAGGAUAAGAUUGAGGAGUAUAGUGAUGAAAUCUUCAAACUCCUGGAUAACGGGGCCCACAUAUAUUUUUGUGGUCUGAAAGGUAUGAUGCCUGGGAUCCAAGACACACUGAAGAGGGUUGCUGAGCAAAGAGGAGAAAGUUGGGAAGAGAAGCUUUCUCAACUUAAGAAGAACAAACAGUGGCAUGUUGAGGUCUACUGAGAUUCUUUAGUGCAGAUUGCAGAGUAGUAGUCCCCUUUGUCUGAAAGAAGAAAAAUACAAAACAUUUUCAUUUGGUGCUUUUAAUAAUAAUAUUCAUCCAGCAGCUUUAGUAGCUGUAGCUGUUCCGUAUUAGGAAAUUGCAAUGAUACAUUGUGUUCUUGAUCGAUGCAGAAUUCAAAAACCAAGCAACUUGCAUCUGGUA